AUGGUGGCACAUGGUGGCUCAUGGUGGCACAUGGUGGCUCAUGGUGGCACAUGGUGGCUCGUGGUGGCACAUGGUGGCUCGUGGUGGCACAUGGUGGCUCAUGGUGGCACAUGGUGGCUCAUGGUGGCACAUGGUGGCUCAUGGUGGCACAUGGUGGCUCGUGGUGGCACAUGGUGUCUAAUGGUGGCAUAUGGUGGCACAUUGUGGCUCAUAGUGGCACAUGGUGGUUCAUGGUGGCACAUGGUGGCUCAUGGUGUCACAUGGUGGCUCAUGGUGGCACAUGGUGGCUCAUGGUGGCACAUGGUGGCACAUGGUGGCUCGUGGUGGCACAUGGUGGCUCGUGGUGGCACAUGGUGGCUCGUGGUGGCACAUGGUGGCUCGUGGUGGCACAUGGUGGCUCAUGGUGGCACAUGGUGGCUCGUGGUGGCACAUGGUGGCUCAUGGUGGCUCAUGGUGGCUCAUGGUGGCACAUGGUGGCACAUGGUGGCUCGUGGUGGCACAUGGUGGCUCAUGGUGGCACAUGGUGGCUCAUGGUGGCACAUGGUGGCACAUGGUGGCUCGUGGUGGCACAUGGUGGCUCAUGGUGGCACAUGGUGGCUCGUGGUGGCACAUGGUGGCUCGUGGUGGCACAUGGUGGCUCAUGGUGGCACAUGGUGGCUCGUGGUGGCACAUGGUGGCUCAUGGUGGCUCAUGGUGGCUCGUGGUGGCACAUGGUGGCUCAUGGUGGCUCAUGGUGGCUCGUGGUGGCUCGUGGUGGCACAUGGUGGCACAUGGUGGCUCGUGGUGGCACAUGGUGGCACAUGGUGUCUAAUGGUGGCAUAUGGUGGCACAUUGUGGCUCAUAGUGGCACAUGGUGGUUCAUGGUGGCACAUGGUGGCUCAUGGUGGCACAUGGUGGCUCAUGGUGGCACAUGGUGGCUCAUGGUGGCACAUUGUGGCUCAUAGUGGCACAUGGUGGUUCAUGGUGGCACAUGGUGGCUCGUGGUGGCACAUGGUGGCUCAUGGUGGCACAUGGUGGCUCAUGGUGGCACAUGGUGGCUCAUGGUGGCACAUGGUGGCUCGUGGUGGCACAUGGUGUCUAAUGGUGGCAUAUGGUGGCACAUUGUGGCUCAUAGUGGCACAUGGUGGUUCAUGGUGGCACAUGGUGGCUCAUGGUGUCACAUGGUGGCUCAUGGUGGCACAUGGUGGCUCGUGGUGGCACAUGGUGUCUAAUGGUGGCUCAUGGUGUCACAUGGUGGCUCAUGGUGGCACAUGGUGGCUCAUGGUGGCACAUGGUGGCUCGUGGUGGCACAUGGUGUCUAAUGGUGGCUCAUGGUGUCACAUGGUGGCUCAUGACGGGUCAUGGUGGCAAAUGGUGGCAAAUGGUGGCUCAUGGUGCCAAAUGGUGGUACAUGGUGGCUUAUAG